AUGGGGCCCCCGGGCAAUAGGGGAUCAUGGGGCCCCUGUGUCCUUGCCCAAACUCAAAAAAGCCUACGAAAAAGAAUGAACACAAAAUCUAAAUGAAUACCAAUAAAGUGCAACAAACUAAUAUCAAUAGGUCAUUAUAUGGUCAACAUAUGGACACACUUGUGUACACCAGGGGCGGACUGACUACUCAUGGGGCCCCCGGGCAAUAGGGGAUCAUGGAGCCCCUGUGUCCUUGGCCAAACUCAAAAAGCCUAUGAAAAAGGUACCAGGGGCAUCUCAUGGGGCCCCCUACUGAACCAGGGCCCUCGGACAGUGCCCAAGUUUCCAAAUGGUCAGUCCGCCCCU